AUGCCGGACUCUAAUAUAAGAAAAAAAAAAGAAAGUUUAAAAAAAAUUGGUGAUUAUGGCAUAGGUGAAAAAAUAGGUAGAGGGGCAUUUGGCCAGGUAUAUAAAGCAUUAAAUACAAAGACAGGUGAAUUUGUUGCUAUAAAAUCAAUUGAUGUUUGUAAAAUCGAUAAGAAUGCAUUGGUAUCAGUUAAAAGCGAAUUUGACAUAUUACAAAAACUAAGACACAAUAAUAUAGUUAAGGUUUUAGGUGUUGUGGAAACCCAAUCACAAAUGAAUUUUAUUUUAGAAUAUGUCGAAAAUGGUAGCUUAAGAGAUGUUUUAGAUAGAUUUGGCCCAUUAAGUGAAGAACUCUGUACAGUUUAUUUAUAUCAAUUACUACAAGGUUUGGCAUAUUUACAUCAAAAUAAAGUAAUUCAUCGUGAUAUUAAAUGUAGCAAUAUUUUAAUCACAAAAGAAGGUGUAGUUAAACUAGCAGACUUUGGUGUUGCCAGUCAGAUAAGCGAAGAAACCCAAUUAAGAUUUUCAGUAGUUGGAACACCUUAUUGGAUGUCUCCAGAAGCAAUUCAAAUAUCAGGUUGUUCUUCAGCUAGCGAUAUUUGGUCAUUAGCAUGUUCAAUGAUCGAGUUACUUCAAUUACAUCCACCCUAUCAUAAUUUACAACCAAUGAGUGCAAUGUUUAAAAUAGUACAAGAUGAACAUCCACCAUACCCCGAAAAUAUAUCAAAAGAAUUUGAAGACUUUUUAAAUCAAUCAUUCCAAAAAGAUCCAAAUAAAAGACCCACAGCAUCAGAAUUAUUAAAGCAUCCAAUUUUUAAAAAAAUACAUCCUAUCCCAAACUAUUCAGAACUUCAAUCAACUUUAAAAACAUUAAAUGGUAGAAAUAGAUUAAGAACAUCAGUUUCGGCAAUAGAUUGGGGUACUUCUGCAAACACAGCAAAUCCUCCAAACUCAAUGCCACCAUUACCCUCCUCAAUACCCUCCUCAUCCUGUAAUAAAUCCGUUAUUACUGAUGAUGAAUACAAUAAAUUGCAAACAACCAUAAAGCAACAAGCAAAUACGAUUGCAAGUUUAAGUGAGGAACUUAAUAGUUUAAAAAACAAAGUUAAAGAGAAACCAAAAUUAGAUGAACAACAGUUUUAUAGGGAAUACUUUAUGCAAUUGUCAAUAAAUGUUAAAAUCAAUCAAUUUAAUUUAGGUAAAACAUGUGAACCAGUAGAUUUACAACAACUAUAUGAAAGAGCAAGAGAAGACGAUAUUAAAUGGUACCAACUAAUGGAAUGGAUACCAAAGCAAUUAAUUGGAGACUCAUCAUUAUCAGCCUCCUCUUCCUCCUCCUCUUUAUCAUCUUCUUCUUCCUCUUUAUCAUCUUCAAAUGGAGCUAUAAAAGAAUCAUUAGCAUUAGCGAGUAGCACCAAUACUAACAAAACCAAAAAGAAAUUUGGUUUCUUUUCUUAA